UUCAUCCGAAGAGACCAAUAACCUCAUUCAUACGAGAAGCUCAUAAAGUUGCUGCUUCCUACCUCUUUUUCUUCAUCACGAAGCCAAACCAAAGCAAGUAAAGAACCCAGUUUCCAUAAUUUGCUUUUCCUCACACCUAACGGUCAAAAAGUUCCUCAAUUCUACCAGUAAAACCCCAUCGUCGUCUUCUUCCCUCAUCUCCUUCCUAUAAAGUUCGCUGUCUCAGAAUCAGAACUCAUCGCUCUGAACCUUGUAACAACAUGUCGGUUGACAUUUGGGUGGUACCCUUCGUCGGCCAGGGCCAUCUUCUCCCCACCAUUGAGCUAUGCAAGCAUCUUGUUUCCAGAAAUGUCAAGGUCACUCUCGUCAUUUCCUCCAACCUCUCCUCCUUCCUUCCCUCGUCUCUCCACCAAUACUCUUUACUUCACGUCGCGGAAAUUCCAGCCGCUCCCAUGCCUCCACCGGAACAGGGCUCGCACCCAUUUCACUCCAUUCACAAAAUUCAAGGCUACUAUUUUCAACAGCUUCAAAACCUUCUCUCUGCCCAACUCGAUAACUCAGCAAGGCGCACUGUUGCCAUCGUCGACGUCAUGAUGAGUUGGAUCCUCGAGGCUUUCAACAAAUUCCAUGUGCCCAGGGUGGCGUUCUUCACUUCCGGCGCGUGCUCUGCCGCCUUGGAGUAUGCAAUCUGGAAAGCCCACCCGGAAGACCUAAAACCCGACGAGAUCCGAUUACUUCCUGGGUUACCCCAAGAAAUGGCUCUAACGCUUUCGGAUCUUCAACAGGGACCUCACGGCCCGCCACCGCUACCACCACCAGGCGUCGGAGCUUCUUUACCUCCCCCUCCCGGUGGGCCAGGGCACAUGGGACCGCCCCCUCCCGGUGGACCAGGACGCAUGGGACCGCCCCCUCCCGGGGGCCAACCACCAUGGGUGGAAGAGGUUCGCGAAGCCAUCGCGUUGCUGUUCAACACGUGUAGCGAUCUGGAGGCACCUUUUAUCGACUACGUAGCGAACCAAACUGGCAAACCGAUCUGGGGCGUUGGUCCGCUGCUCCCGGAAAAAUAUUGGAAAUCGGCCGGUUCCCUCCUCCACGAUCGGGAGAUUCGAACGAACCGUCGGUCUAGCAUCACGGAAGAUGAGGUGGUCCAAUGGUUGGAUUCAAAGCCACGAGGCUCAGUACUGUACGUGUCAUUUGGAAGCGAGGUGGGCCCUACAAUGGAGGAGUAUCCACGGCUAGCCGGAGCUCUGGAGUCAUCGGACCAACCAUUUAUAUGGGUUCUCCAACCCGGGGCGGGCAGGAUGGGUCCGCCUCCUGAGAUGGUGGGAAGUAAACCCGGGUCGGAUGAACCUGAAUCAGAAGGGUAUUUUCCACACGGGAUGGACAGUCGGGUCGGACGAAGGGGCUUGAUAAUACGCGGGUGGGCUCCACAGCUCUUGAUACUGAGUCACCCAUCAACAGGUGGGUUCUUGUCCCACUGUGGGUGGAACUCCACAGUGGAGGCCCUAGGACGUGGGGUCCCAUUUUUGGCAUGGCCCAUAAGGGGCGACCAAUACCAUGAUGCCAAGUUGGUGGUGCAGCACCUUAAGGUGGGGUACAAAGUAUCUGAUAAUCUGGCAGAGGUGAAGAAAGAUGAUAUAGUGAAGGGAAUAGAGAGGUUGAUGGGAGAUAAAGAAAUGAAGAGGAGAGCUGAGAAAUUGAGCGAGAAGUUUCAGCAUGGCUUCCCGAGUAGUUCUCAGGCUGCUUUGGAUGCUUUCAAAGAUUAUGUGAACCAGAAAUUGCUUUAGGUUUGUGUACGCGUCUUUAACAUACGAUAUGUUCAGAGUCUAUGGUGAGAAAAUGAAAAUGUUAUUUAAAGUUUUUCACUGACACGAAAA